GUUGGCUUCUUCCACGAGAAAUACAGCAAACCUCACCACGUUGCCGCUAUGUCUCAGUGCAAACCUCAGCUUUCUCUCUCUCUCUCUCACACUCAGUCAUUCACUAACUACAAAAGCAGUAUAUAUACAAUGCAUACCUAGCAAGCUAGAAAAGAUUUAUGGAGGAGACGGUGUAGUUUUGUGGUUUAGUUCGCUUGUUCAAAGUAUAUAUAUGUGAUUGUCAAUAACGGAGGCUUACGGUUACGAACAUAUGAUGAGGAACGACGAAGAUGAUCCGGAGAAAUGCCGAGAGCGACGACGGAGGAGGAUAAAGAUGAGGAGAUGUUUGGUUGUUUCCGCUGCCGGUUCGCCCCCAGAGAAGGCGUCAAUCAACCUGAUAGAGGAUCGUACAGAGAGCUCGAAUUUUGUCGAGGAAGGAAAGCUAGUUGGAUCGGAGAAGGCGAGCGAUCAUUCUUUGACGUCGUCUUCGUCCGGCGAAGACGUGGACGCUUCCUACGCGGCUGCGACGAACUGUAUCAGUGUUAGUGAAGUUGUGCCGGUGUUUGGAUCGAUGUCGCUUUCCGGAAGGCAACGUGAUAUGGAAGAUGCGAUAUGUGUACGGACGAACCUUUGCCGGCCGGAGGUUAACCGGCGGCGACCUGUGCAUUUCUUCGGUGUUUACGAUGGGCAUGGAGGACCUCACGUCGCUGCAAUGUGUAGAGAUAAGAUGCACGUGUUAAUGGAGGAGGAGUUGAUGCGUGUGGAAUACACGCCGGUGAAUGAGAGUGGUGGUUCUGGGCCGCAAGUCCUCGAAGAUGACUGUUGGAGGAGGGCGAUGAGGCGGUGCUUUGAGAGAAUGGACGAGGUGGCGAUGACUACCUGUGUUUGUGGAAGCAUGGGGAAUCAAUGUGGGUGCCACACCUGGGAUAUGGCGCUUACGGGGUCCACCGCCUUGGUGGCAGUCGUUACAGCGGAGCAAAUUGUUGUUGCCAAUUGCGGUGACUCACGCGCCGUCCUCUCUCGUGCCGGGAGGCCCAUUCCUCUUUCUUUUGAUCAGAAGCCUGAUAGAGCAGACGAGGAAGCAAGGAUUAAAGCUUCUGGAGGACAUGUAAUUUUUUUUGAUGGAGCUCGAGUUGAAGGAAUUCUCGCUAUGUCCCGAGCAAUAGGAGACCGGUAUCUAAAACCAAUUGUGACAGCAGAGCCUGAGAUUACCUUCACAAAAAGGGUCCCAGAAGACGACUGCUUGAUUCUGGCAAGCGAUGGCAUGUGGGAUGUUCUAAGCAGUGAACUGGCUUGCGACAUUGCUAGUGAGUGUCUUCAAGAAGGAAGUUCUGAUGCUGCCUCCUCCACAGAAUCAGGGGCCGGAGACUUGUACCCAUCACGAAGUCAAUCAGCCGCAGCAUUGCUGACGCGUCUUGCUUUGGGACGGAAAACUUUUGACAACGUUAGUGUCAUUGUUGUCGACUUGAAAGAGGAGUUAAAGGCAAUGAUAGUUUGA